AUGGAGUUGAUAGGCGACAUCAAGUCUCAACGCAUCUUCGCACCCAAACACCAUGGCACCACCCGUCCUCACCUCCAGCCCAACUCUCCGCAUCACCCCGAACCCUUCACCAAAGAGGCCUUCGCGCCCUUCGGCUCCGCCAUCAGCUGUCCUCUCCCACGCGAUCUCUCCUCCGCACCUCCUAUCUCCUCUCUCCCUCCUCACGAUCCAACUCCAGUCGUCGCAAACCAAUCCUCCGCCCUCAAGUACAGCCCCAUCUCCCCACUGCUCGACUGCUACGCGCAAUGUCCCAGCGCCCAGCCCUCUUCCGCCCGCAUGAGCAUGUUCUCGUGCUUCCCGCGCAAACUGCGCACCGCCAGAGGAACAGGAGGGGAGACUAGCGUCUUCGACGUCCGCAUCCUGGAGCGACACCCCUUCACCACGCAGACAUUCACACCGAUCGACCUAUCCAGCCAGACCCGCGCAGGCGAUGCCGAGGAACCAUUCUACCUGGUUAUCGUGGCGCCGACGUUGAAGGGCCAGACGGCAACGGCGACGACGCCGUCGGGGGAUAUCGUGGCGAUCAGGGAUCCGCCUGACUUGAACGAUGUGCGGGCGUUUGUGGCGGGCGGUGGGCAGGCGGUGACGUAUGGGGUUGGGACGUGGCAUGCGCCGAUGGUGGUGCUGGGUUCCAGGCGGGUGGAUUUUGUGGUUGUGCAGUUUGCCAAUGGAGUGGAUGAUGAGGACGUGCAGGAGGCUGCUUUUGGGGAAGGGAUUGUGGUUGAUUUGGGGAAGAAUCGGACGUUGGGUGCUUCCAAGCUCUGAAACGCUGGAGGGAGUGGUAUUCUUGCCUACGUCUGCAAUGGCGGCCUUUGUCCAUAGAGGACCUUAUUUAUGAAUGUAUGAUGAAUGUACGUUAAGCAUGACUAGAUUGGUAUCUCGAGCAAAAGUGCAACACACAAGAAGAUGUGGUACAUGUACAUAGAGGG